GCACAGUAAAAAGUACAUUAUGUACAAAGCUUUAUACCAACACCUAGAAAUAUAAUCCACCUUAAAUCUAAUCAAACAAGGUUUGUUCUCAACUAAAUCCUUCUGGAAUUUGAUCUUCCCAUCUGAUGUUUUUUGUUCAAAAUUAAAAAUGUGAGAUUUUGAAAAAAUACAUUUAUUUGUACAAAUAUUUUUUCAUGUUUUUCUUAAAUAAAAGUGCAUUUUUAGUAAAAAAACAAAACAAAACCCAAAAAUUAGUACUUUUUUCCUUGAAGUAAAAUGCAUUUUAAAAAAUGUAAAUCUUUGUGAAAACGAGCAGUAUUUCUUUAUUUGUAACUUCUCCAGUUGUCACUGUGAUGAUGGACAACAAUGGUUAUUUUUUUUUAUUAAUUAUGUGUUAAUUGUCUUGAGUUCUUUGUGAUGAUGAUGGACAGUGUGGGUGUCAUGAGGAGUGACGCGGCCAUAUUUGCCGGUGCUGCUCCGCUGUAAACAAAAAGUGUCUGUGAGACGGACGCUCCGCUGAUUUUAGGGACAAUUUUAUUUCUCUCAUUUAUUAUCUCUUCAGGUAUGUCUUACAAACCCAAUCCCCAUCAACACCUUCCGGGAACUUCUGGGAACCAAGGAAACAUUCCUUCUCCAUCUUCCAUGGCAACAAUACAGUCAUUUAAGCCAAUUCUUAAUGACUUCGGACCACCGUCACUGGGAUUCCCACAGGGUCCAAAUGGAAACCAAGUACCUCAGAGUAAAUAUGCUGAACUCCUCGCCAUCAUUGAAGAACUUGGGAAAGAAAUAAGGCCAACAUAUGCAGGGAGUAAAAGCGCCAUGGAGCGACUUAAAAGAGGUAUCAUUCAUGCCAGAGGGCUUGUUCGGGAGUGUCUGGCAGAGACAGAAAGAAACGCGAGAUCCUAGCGCCUCCUUCCUCAUUCUCUCCAUACGGGCUGAAAGAACUGUGUCUUCUUAUACCGUCACACGGGAAUCAUGCAUGCCUUUCCUUUGAGGGGGAUAAACAAUCAACAAGUGGAGCAUUUAUGUUACGAGUUGCGCUUUUCAUCUGUGGUUUGGAGGGAAUAAGGCACGACACAGAGAAUAUAUCUUCUGAUUUAUAAAUGCAAGAGAUCUGGAACUGUUGCCAUUUGAGUUGUUUUUAUAUAUUUCAUUUUCUUUGACCACAUAGUAUCUUUAAGAACAAAUAAGCAAAAAUGCAUGCAAUCGGUUUAAAGGUCCCACAUUAGAAUCUGCAUGGCUUUUACAGGUUAGACUAGGUAUGUGCUUUUAGAAAUAGGUCUCAGGAUAAUAAGGUAUUUUCUCCUCGGACACACAAUUUUCUUUUAAUUGGGGAGAUACUGAAAAGUAUUAUAGUGAUGCCAUUACUUUCGUCUUUAUUUGUAUUUAUUACCUUGUGUAAUACAAUGUAUUUUCAUGUAAAGACAAAAAAGGUCACUCUUUGGAAUUUUGUAUAACUGUCAAUAAAUAUGACAUUCAUUGUGUAUGAAA